AAUAAAGCAAAGAGGUAAAAUAGUUGUCUAAACUUGUGCCACGUAAUUUCCCGCCUCUUUCCUCUUCUCUCAAUUCUACGCCCCUUUCCUCUUAGGAUAUAUAUAUUAAAUUCUUUCAGGUCGAGAACAAUGUAAAACCUAAACCCUCCCCGCCGCCCGCCCCCCCCUCUCUAAUAACUCUAACAGCUAGCAUACUUCUCUCCGGUUGCAAUAUUGCUAGCGAAACCCUACAACUUCUGAUGAAUAUCGCUGCGAGGACAAGAUGAGCAGUACUGAGUCAUUUAGCCCAGCAUGUGAACCCAGGAAAUUCGAAUUUGAAGAACUAGCAAUUGCAACUAGAUAUUUCUCCAACGAACGACUCGUUCGCAUUGGUGAUUUUGGUGAUGUCUUUGUGGGAUCCCUUCCAGGAGUUGAGGUCAAUGUUGUUGUUAAGAAACUCAAAUACAAGCAGGAUGAAAAGCAGGAAGAAGAAUUCAAGAAUCAGAUUAAGGACUUUGGCAUUGUGUCUCACCCAAAUCUUGUUAAGCUGCUUGGUUACUGCUGUGAAGAAGCCGAUAGAUUGCUUGUUUUAGAGUUUGUUCCCAACCAAUCUUUGAGAUUUCAUCUAAGUGAUGAAAAUGGAAGAUCAAAUUUGAACUGGUCAAAAAGAAUGAAAAUCGCCGUAGGCUCUGCGAGAGGUUUAGCACAUCUUCAUGACGAAUGUUAUCCUAAAAUCAUUCAUGGAGACAUCAAAUCAGACAAUAUUCUCUUAGACAAUGAUUUCACACCAAAGAUUGCAGGUUUUGAACUUGCCAAGUUUUUUCCAGAAACUAAUAGUGUCACUCACAUCAGCUCUGGUUGGAAGGGAAUCAAUGUCUAUGCGGAUCCAGAAGAUUAUUAUCCUCAAAAGGAUGAAAAUAUUCUUCAAAAAAUUUGUGAAAAGUCAGAUGUUUAUUCAUUCGGUGUUGUGCUUCUAGAACUUAUUACUGGAAGAACAAUUUUCGAUGAACAUGGAGUUGAUAUUGUCAAUUGGGCAAAGCCUUUUAUGUUCAAAGGAGAUUCAGUUGAAAUCAAUUACAGUUGUCUUCUUGAUUCCGCAUUGAAGGGAGAUUAUAUAAAAAGUGAAAUGGAGCUAAUGAUUUAUUGUGCUGCUGUUAGCGUAUAUAGACCUUCUAAACUUCGACCAAGAAUGAAACAGAUAGUUGAAGCUCUUGAAGGAAAAAUGCCUUCUAAUGAAUUAUGGGUUGCGGAAGUUAAUACGGGAAAGGCCUCAGAAUCCAGAUCAUCAAAAGCGGGAGAUAUGUCAGAAACAACUUCUUCUCCUUUUCAAGAACUCAAGGAAAUAACUGAAGCUAGUAACCUGCAUUGGAGCAAAGCAACGUCAUCACAAGGAAUAGAACCAGAGAUUAUGCAGAUUCAGGAGAUGCAUGCAAAAAGUCAUUACUCUGCUCUGGAACAGGCUGCUACGCUAUCUGAGACGUCACUUGAGGCUACAGCUCACAAUGUAAUGCCUUCUUCAAGGCUUAUGAAGGUUUAUCAUAUUCUGAACGAAAUCAUGACGAGAAUUGGAAAUCCAAAUAUAAGUACAAUCGGGGUUUGUGGAGGAGAAGGAGUAGGGAAAACCACUCUAUUGGAAGCCUUGAAGAUUCAGCCUGUUAUAAGGGAUGUGUUUCAAUUUGUCAUUUGGGUAACAGUUCCCAAGGUUCCAGAUCCGAGAGAGGUGCAGCUACAAAUUGCUAGACAAUUGCCUUUGACUGAUAAAAAGCCAAUAAACGCAUGGACGCUAUUGAGUUUUUUAGAGGGCGUCAAGUUUCUUCUGAUUCUGGAUGGUGUUCAGGAGUUUAUUAGCUUGAACACAGUGGGAAUCCCUGACCCAACUCCAGAAAAUGGGUGCAAGAUAGUUUUGACGACUAGAUCAGAGCAAGUAUGCGACAGAAUAUCAGUGGACUCGAAGAUAAAUCUAGAGAAUUUAUUGUGUAAAUUGUUUUGGGAGAAUGUUGGUGAAAGUAUUUAUUCUUCUAACCUUCAACCACUGGCUCGAAAAGUAGUUGACUUGUGCUGCUACCAUUCGCAUGCCAUCUUCCUAAUGUCAAAGGCAUUGAAAGAUGAAUCUGAUGUUGAUGUUUGGAACAACGCGAUUGAAACAUUGAACAUGCAGGCUGCAUCUCCUGAACAAGAAUUAGAACACAUCAUGGUUAAUGUGUUAAAAUUCAGCUAUCUUCGUCUUCCUGAUGAUACAACUAGAAGAUGCUUGAAAAAUGGUGCACUGUUUUUUGUGAACGAGAAGAUUGCAAGAAAGUCAUUGAUAGACAACUGGAUAUCUGAUGACCUGACAGAUACGUAUCAGAAAGGCCGAAAUGUUCUUGAAACUCUUGUCACUGCUGGCCUGUUGGAGAGGUCCGAGGAUGGUCAGUUCUUCACGCUACAUGAGAUAGAUCGCUGUAUAUUGCUAGAGUAUAUUGUUCCAACAGAGGAAGCUCAAGUAUUAUUUCUUAUUAAUGGUGGUAUGGGGUUGACUAAGCCACCAAAGGUUGAGCAAUGGGAGGGGUUAAUUGAGAUUUGUUUGAUGGAUAAUGACAUAUCUGAAUUGCCCAUUAGUCCAAGUUGCCCCAAACUCCGAAAAUUGUUCCUCGAAAGAAACUACAAGUUAAGAAUCAUACCUCCUUCAUUUUUUGAUAAUAUGCCAGCUCUCCAGGUUCUAAACUUAUCUAGAACUUCUAUCAAAUCUUUGCCUGAGUCUCUUUUCAAGUUGUUCAACCUUAGAAGGCUCUUUCUAAAUCAUUGUGUCCUUAUCACAACCUUGUCAUCCAAAGUUGGAGAACUCAAGCAACUUGAAGUACUUGAUCUUGAAGGGACAGAGAUCAUGUAUUUGCCCAAGGAGGUUGGACAAUUGACAAAUCUCACAUGCUUGGAAGUGUCAUUUUUUGAACCUACAAGUCAAAGGAGAUUAGAGCAAUCAGGUGAAAUAAUUCCUUGUGGGGCUAUAUCAGCUUUAUCUCAAUUAGAAGAGUUAAAUAUUGAUAUGAGUUAUGAUGACAAGCGGUGGAAUGCAUCAGCAGAAGCUGUUGUUUCUGAGAUUUGUAAAUUGGAGAGUUUGCAUACGCUUAAAGUCUACUUUCCCAAGGUGAAACUUUUGAGCCAUUUACACUGGAAUGAAGAAAAUAUGGCGUUUCCAUCAUUGUCGUACUUUAAAUUCACAGUUGGUCAUCUUGUUGAGCGUAUCAUAUCUCGAGUCUCAUGUGAUACAGAAUUGGAGCUUGAACGACACGAUAGGUACUUGAAGUACGUAAAUGGUGAAGGUGUUCCUGGAGAUAUUAAGAAGGUGCUUAGACAUUCAACUGCAUUUUUCUUGGACCGCAACUCGACUAUUAGCAGGUUAUCCGAUUUUGGCUACAGAAAUAUGCAGCAAUUAAAAUGUCUUGUAGCAGGGCAAUGCAACGAACUUCAAGCAAUUAUCGGUGGAGAUCAAAUUGAGUCAUCAUCUAGUGAUGCAACGGUUGGUCUUGUUUCACUCGAAUACAUGCACAUAUAUUACAUGAAGAAUCUAAGGAGCAUAUGGGAAGGUCCUGUGAAUGACUCUAGCUUCAAUUCAUUGAAGUGCUUGACCUUGCGCACAUGUCCAGAGCUUACCACCGUCUUCACGCCAAGGUUGCUAACAAAUUUCUCCAAUCUUGAAGAGCUCACGAUUCGUGAUUGUCCCAAAAUCACAACCUUAGUGAGUUGCGAUAGUUGUGAUCAUAAUAUCACUUCCAUUCUCCCAGCCUUGAAGAGGAUAUCACUUCAUUUCUUGCCAAAAUUGACUAGCAUCUCCAGUGGUUUGCUCAUGGCACCAAUGUUGGAAUUGAUGAGCUUCCAAUAUUGCCUGAACCUCAAGAGUCUCCCAAUAAGCAAAGCAUCCAAUAAGAAUCUGAGAAAGAUCAAGGGCGAGGAGAGUUGGUGGCAAGAAUUGAAGUGGGAAGGUACUCAUCAUGAUUCUUGGGCUGACAUUUUUGUUCCAAUUGAUUAAUGUAAUUAAAUCAUGUUGUGACUUGAGGAGCUGAUGGGGCUUAGUUCUCUUUUAUGCUUCUUUAUGAUGGGGCAGGGUUUUCUUUAUUGAGAUUGGGUUGUGGUAUGCACGUUUGCAUGCUGCGUAAACACUCUUCUCUGUGUGUUCUUGUUUUGGUCUUGUUUUGACAGAUGUAACUUCUGUUGGUCUGUAUAUGAUCCAGAUUUUUCCACUUACAAUAAUCAGCCAUAGGUUGGUAUCCUUA